GAGAGUUGCCAGUUGAGCGGGGCGGCGGCGGCGGCGGCUUCUCCUCCUGGCUGCAGGCGGGGAAGACCAUGCCAGGUGGCUGCUACCAUGACUGACCCCGAAAGAAGCCCGUUUGGUUCUGCCGAAGACGAGAUCAACUACUGGAAGGAGCUGUCUGGCAGAUACAAGCAGUGUGUGCAGAGCGCCCAGGAGGAGCUGCGUGAGUUCCGAGAGGGCAGCCGCGAGUACGAAGCCGAGCUGGAGACGCAGCUGCAGCAGCUGGAGACGCGAAACCGGGACCUUCUCUUGGAGAACGCGCGGCUGCAGGCGGAGGUGGAGACGGUCAAGGAGAAGAUUGCCAGCCAACAUGCCGAUGGGCAACGGCAGAUCUCGGCCCUGGAGGAAGAGCUGGGCCAGGUGACGGCCACCCGGGACCAGCUGCAGAAGUACAUCCGGGAGCUGGAGCAGUGCAACGAUGACCUGGAGAGGGCCAAGAGAGCCACCAUUAUGUCCCUGGAGGACUUUGAGCUGCGGCUGAACGAGGCCAUCGAGCGCAACGCCUUCCUGGAGAGCGAGCUGGACGAGAAGGAGACCCUCCUGGAGUCGGUGCAGCGGCUGAAGGACGAAGCGAGAGAUUUGCGCCAAGAGCUGGCUGUGCAGCAGAAGCAGGAGAAGCCGAAGGCCUCCGUGGAGGGGUCCCUGGCCGCCAGGCGGACGGACACAGCCAUGCAGGCCGCCUCUUCCAGGCCAUCCACCCCUGCGCCCCCCCAGGGGCUGAGCUUCGGAUUUAGUACCCCAGGAGCCUUCAGAAGAGGUGAAAAAAAACCCUUCCCCCCCCUCUCUCUCGCGCACACACACACACACACACACACUUUCUUUCUACUUGCCCAGUACAGCCUGUGGGGCAACGGCGCCCCCUGGUGUGGAAGGGGAAGACACGGCUGCACGUCGGGCCCA